CUUACGUACGCGGAGCUGCAUCAGCUCCUCCUCCUUGCUACUCUCACCGGUUCUGGCGUCUGAUCUGGACGGGUGGCUUGAUAUCAUAUUCUCAUUCUGUGGGAGUUGCUGGACUUGCUGCACUCGAUCUGAUCUGGUAGUGGCGUUGGUUAUUUUCCGAUUUCGAGAUGGAUCACUCUAUGCAUAAUAUGGGGAUGGACAUGGAUCAUGGCCAUGACCAUGGUGAUAUGGAUAUGGGCGGAAAGUGCAGUAUGAAUAUGUUGUUCACCUGGUCGACGAAAGACCUCUGCAUCGUCUUCCCCCAGUGGCACAUCACCAGCACUUGGUCCCUUCUGGGUUCGCUUAUUGUUAUCGUGCUCUUGACGGCGGGCUACGAGGGCAUUCGACAGCUUACACGGCGGUUUGAGGCGGCUCAUGCUCGGAGGCUGGGCGCGUAUACUACGGUUGCUGUAGGAGGCAGCGAUAUCCACGACGAUUCUGCCACGGCCAAUGCCCCCUCUAGCGAGACACUGCCUGUCCCGAACGCCGGCUCACCCCUAGUUGUAGGCAGGGAUAGCCGAAGGGCCGUCGAGCAAAAAGGAAAAAUCACCAUGGCGGCAUUGUACGCUGUGCAGGUCUUCUAUAGCUUUUUCAUCAUGCUGCUUUUUAUGACGUAUAAUGGUUUUGUUAUGCUUGCAGUUGCUGUUGGCGCCUUCGUAGGAUAUCUGGCGUUUGGAGACAACACAUCGGCCAGCAAAUCGGUUGCUUGUCAUUAGUGGACCGCAAGACAAAGGCUUGUCUGAAGCCUUGCGGAACAGUUCUUGCUCUGACUCGGCAUGUGCUUAUCAGUAGCUUCGUUGGGUAGCCUGUGACCGGUUGUCGUUGAUAGCAAGUUGCACAUUGGGUCGAAUGAACAUGGGGUAGUGCGUCCACCUUCAAGUAGCGAAUACCGUACUUAGGGAACUUCUACAUCACUCC